AGCCCCCAGGCACCCUCUGGCCGACUCGGAGGCUGCGGCGGCGGCGGCCUGGGCGGACAGUGUGUAGUGCGCAGGCGCAGACAUUAGACCUCGCUGCAGCCCCCUUUGCCUCGGGGAGUCGCACCCAAGGAGUCCGCCCGCUGGCCAGUCAGUGCUCUCCCCCUCACCCUCCCUACCCGGCUCCCCCAGCACCCUACGUGCCCCAAUGGCGGAGCUGCGGCCUAGCGGCGCCCCCGGCCCCACCGCGCCCCCAGCCCCUGGCCCUUCUGCCCCCCCGGCGUUCGCCUCGCUCUUCCCCCCGGGACUGCAUGCCAUCUACGGAGAGUGCCGCCGCCUUUACCCCGACCAGCCGAAUCCGCUCCAGGUUACUGCUAUCGUCAAAUACUGGUUGGGUGGCCCAGAUCCCUUGGACUAUGUUAGCAUGUAUAGGAAUGUGGGGAGCCCCUCUGCCAACAUCCCUGAGCACUGGCACUACAUCAGCUUCGGCCUGAGCGAUCUCUAUGGUGACAGCAGAGUCCAUGAGUUUACAGGAACAGAUGGACCUAGUGGUUUUGGCUUUGAGUUGACAUUUCGUCUGAAGAGAGAAACAGGGGAGUCUGCCCCACCUACAUGGCCAGCAGAGUUAAUGCAGGGCUUGGCCAGAUAUGUGUUCCAGUCAGAGAACACCUUCUGCAGUGGGGACCAUGUGUCUUGGCACAGCCCUUUGGAUAACAGUGAGUCAAGAAUUCAGCACAUGCUGCUGACAGAGGAUCCACAGAUGCAACCUGUGCAGACACCCUUUGGGGUCGUUACCUUCCUCCAGAUUGUUGGCGUCUGCACUGAGGAGCUGCAUGCAGCCCAGCAGUGGAACGGGCAGGGCAUCCUGGAGCUGCUUCGGACGGUGCCCAUUGCUGGCGGCCCCUGGCUGAUAACUGACAUGCGGAGGGGAGAGACCAUAUUUGAGAUCGAUCCACACCUGCAACAGGAGAGAGUUGACAAAGGCAUCGAGACAGAUGGCUCCAACCUGAGUGGUGUCAGCGCCAAGUGUGCCUGGGAUGACCUGAGCCGACCCCCCGAAGACGACGAGGACAGCCGAAGCAUCUGUAUCGGCACGCAGCCCCGGCGGCUCUCUGGCAAAGACACAGAGCAGAUCCGGGAGACCCUGAGGAGAGGACUUGAGAUCAACAGCAAACCCGUUCUCCCACCAAUCAACCCUCAGCGACAGAACGGCCUCACCCAUGACCGGGCCCCGAGCCGCAAAGAUAGCCUGGAAAGCGACAGCUCCACAGCCAUUAUUCCCCAUGAGCUGAUCCGCACGCGGCAGCUUGAGAGUGUACAUCUGAAGUUCAACCAGGAGUCAGGAGCCCUCAUUCCUCUUUGCCUAAGGGGCAGACUCCUGCAUGGACGGCACUUUACAUAUAAAAGUAUCACAGGUGACAUGGCCAUCACGUUUGUCUCCACGGGAGUGGAAGGCGCCUUUGCCACGGAGGAGCAUCCUUAUGCAGCUCAUGGACCCUGGUUACAAAUUCUGUUGACUGAAGAGUUUGUAGAGAAAAUGUUGGAGGACUUAGAAGAUUUGACUUCUCCAGAGGAAUUCAAACUUCCCAAAGAGUACAGCUGGCCCGAGAAGAAGCUUAAAGUCUCUAUCCUGCCUGAUGUGGUGUUCGACAGUCCACUGCACUAGCCUGGGCUGGGCCCCACAGGGGCCAAGGGGGAACCCAGCCGCUCCCCAGUGACUUUCAGUGUAACAACUGCAGAAAAGAGAGUCCCACAAAUAAAAGGAGACACAUGGGGAUUACUGCGCAGCCACUGCACCUGCUGCCUGGUGGGAUGUCAUGCCCAGGCCAUGGCCCUCAUUGACUUCUAGUUCAGGGGUCUCAUCCACCCAACCGGCGAAGACCGUGUGACCAGGCUGAGUCCCCAGUAGCCAGUGAGCGGGUAAAUGCAAACCUUCCCCUCCUGCUGCCGCCCUAGGUUCUGGUUCGAGAUUUGGCUUUGCACCCUUGAUGUGCCCCUAGGUUGAGACAGGCUUCACUCUCACCUACCCCUGCAGGGAAGUAGGGACCCACCAGUGCCAAGCACGGAUGUGGGCGCGCUGCGUAGCUCAGCUCUGGAAAGCCUUGGUAGUCAAACCCCUCUGGCCACAGAACAAUUUCACCCAUCGUGUUUGGUUUUCUUCCUCAUUUUAUUUUUUAGAAACCAAAUGGUAUUGCUCUGCAAAGAUGUCCAGAAGCGGUGUGUAUACUGUGUUUUAAACAGAACUUUAUUCCCAGAUGAACUUUCUCGUUCUCUCAGACAGAGGCUUGGGGCUGUGUCUCCCCCUGCACUGCCACAGGAGAAGGUGCCGGGUGUUCGCCUGCCAGCCCAGGCCCUGGAGGAGCCAGCUUCACAGAGAGGCUUUUCUUCCCAGCUGGGCCUGGCGGAGCUCGGGGCAGGUGGAGAGCCGAGGCACACUCUCCUGGGCAGCCUUGAGCCCAGUUUAACUGGGGCCAGGAAGGGGUUCUGCUGUUUCCCAAGUGGACCAGGCCCCGACAAGGUUCAAGGACCAUCAGGGUCUCAGAAACUUGGUGGCCCCACCCUCAUCUUCAAGUCCUUUUUACCCAACCAGGCCCACCUGGGAGAGAGUGAGGCCCAGCACCUCAUAGACUGUCCCCACCUGCUCCUCAAGGCCACCUCCAUCCCAUUCCCUCAUCCCCUGGGCCUUCCAGCCUCCAGGCUGCAGAACUCUGACUUACCAAAAAGUGAAAAGGCAGCCUCUCAACAUCUUUUUCAAUUUGGUUUUGCAAACAGGGCACUCUGCGUCUGUCCCACCCUCCCUGCAUCCUUUCAUUUCUCACCUUUCCUUCCCUACUCCUUGUCCUGACUCUUUUCCUGCAUCCCUGGCCUCUGGGGGUCCUUGGUCCCUCACCACAAAUACUGUAGAUCUCACAGUCUUCCUCCCGGAACCCAACUUUUCUCUGGCCCUUGGUUUUGGGGUUCCUCUUGGAUUGUCUCCCACUCCUGGCCUGGAAUCAGCAAGCCCCUUUCCUGCCCUCGUACCCCCUGACUCCAGGGACUACAACUUCAAGAUCAUCCUUAGGUCUCCCCAAAACAGUCAUUUUGUCUAUUAGGGACCAUGUGGGUAUCCCCACUACCCGCCACACACACACACACAUACACACAGCACUUCUGGGGGUGCAGGACCCCUCUGAUGAGAGAUCCAGCCAAGCUGCCUCCAGGAGCCAUAAGAGCAUUGGCCAGGCUCUCCAGGGAGAAGCAACUGGGCCCCAGAGGGGCGGAUUAGGUCUGGCCCCUUCCCCUACACACCCCGAGAAUAAUACAGUUAGCUCCGUCUUAGCAUCAAGGAGGAUCACCCUGGAUGACUGGGAGAAACUGGCGUCAGGCCCCCACUAGCCAAAAUAGGAGCUUCCCUGGACCUGUUGUUGGCAGCAGUUGUGCCUUCUACUGCCCCAAGGACUUUUCCGAAAGGACAUUUCCUGGCCUUCACCCACCCACCACUGCAGCCCUGCCUUUGAAGCUCUUGUAUAGUGACAUUUCAUGGGCAGAAAGGUGCCAUCAGCUUGCCUCCUUUUCUUGCCACCCUGACCUGGCUCCCCUUGAAUGUUCUCCUGAGAACCUGCCCGAGGACUUCGUGCUGCAGCCCAUCCUGCCCUCCAUCUGCCUGGUUUUGGAGGGAGCGGCAUUUUCUGAGCUCAGCUUUAUCAUGUAUGUGAGGUGUCUCAGCAGCAGCUUGCCUCGGCCUAGAGGGCGUUUAUGGACUGAUGGUCAGCACCACCAGCAUGGUGGCUGCGUUCCCAGAAAGCAGGGGCAGCAGAAGGGCAGCAGAGGAGUUGGGAGAGGAGAUGAGCAGGAGUGGCCUGCCCUUGAAGCCUAUGUCAGGAACCUCAGGAACAUCCAAGGUUGUGCUGGGGCCAGGCCUCCACCUCCCUUCCCUACAAUGCACUGGCUCUGGGGGAACAGCAGGCAAUCCACCAUCCCUGACCAGGCCUCCUUUUCUUUGGGUGGCGGAGCCUUCCCAGAGGUCCCUGGGGGAAGGCGCUCUCCAUGGACCUUCUGACUGGUGGAGGAGACCCUCACUGAGGAUCACGCAAGGCUGAGCAUGUACCCCACCACCACCACCAAGCACAGCACCUGCUGUGUGGUAGGUGCUCAGUAAAUGUACCCCUCAUUCCCUCUCUGCAGCUCUCUGGGGACUCCUGACCUCAUUGUGGGUUGGAGAGGUGAGGCGCCUCCCACCCUUCCUCUAUCUGCCUGUUAUGCAGGCCUCCUUGAAGCUUGCCCAGUCCCACCUCACUCCUCCAAGUCCCUGGUACUGGAGCCUCUGAGAGGAAGGGGGACUUCUGUGCUUCCCCCAGGUCCAGUGUGGGUUGCAAGAAGCCGGUAGAACCAGCUGCCAUCUUGAGGUGGUGGGGGAGGCCCCAUGCAAGGUCUCAGGUCUGGCUGGGGGCUGGUGCCUCUUCCUGCCCUCCUCUUCCCCUUCCAAAAGAGUGGCUCCAGGGCAGGGACUGGGGAAGCCUUGAUUGCCUACAAGGGCUAGAGCGGUUUUAAAAAUAGACACAGGGUUUUGGGAUUGUGUUUCGAGAUUGAGCUAAGCAUAGGGAAAACCUGAAGGUCACUGCCCCUAUGGGGUGGGUCAGUAGAGAAUCCCCUGGAUUGUAUUUUUUUAUGUGGUUGUCUUCCCUCUCUGAGUGCCAGGUCCGUUGUGCCAGGUGAGUCACCUGGCCCCAUGACACGCGUCAGGAGCCCUGUAGAGAGAUCCUUUCUUUUGUACAAGUACCUGAAUGCUGCAACCGGCAGACUUUUGUAAAGUUUUAUAUUAGUUUCUAAUAAUGUCAAUGGCGACGCGGUUCCCAGGGGCUGCAGCCUGCUUGGGACUUUUGUAAGGUUUUUUGGGUGACUCACUUAGAUGUUGUUUCCUUCUUGCCCCCUCUUCCUCCUUGUAAUCUAAGUGCAUUAAACAUAUUUGCAGAAGUGCC